GGGGCGGCGGGGGGGGGUCAUGGCGGGGGGGCGGGAGGCGGCCAUGCCCGCCUGCUUCGCGGGGCUGGGCGCGGGCAGCCCGCGGCCGCGGCAGAAGCGCGGCGGGAUGUUCUGCAGCGUGGAGGACGCCUUCGACAACAAGACGCUGGACUUCGCCUCGCUCGGCGCCCCCGGCCGCGGGACCCCCUCCUCCGCCGGCCCCGGCCCCGCCGCGCCGCCCCCGGCGCCCGCCCCCCCGGGAGAGCUGCCCGACGGCUGCCCGCAGAGUGACCAGCUUCUGAUCAAAGGAGGAAAAAUUGUCAACGAUGAUCAGUCAUUUUAUGCAGACAUUUAUGUGGAAGACGGUUUAAUAAAGCAAAUUGGAGAAAACCUGAUUGUUCCUGGUGGCGUAAAGACAAUUGAUGCCUACGGGCAGAUGGUGAUGCCGGGGGGGAUCGACGUCCACACCAGACUGCAGAUGCCCGUCAUGGGCAUGACCCCUGCCGACGGCUUCUUCCAAGGCACAAAAGCUGCCCUGGCAGGAGGAACCACCAUGAUCAUUGACCACGUCUGCCCGGAGCCGGGGACCAGCCUCCUGGCUGCCUACGAGCAGUGGCGCGGCAGCGCCGACAGCCAGGCCUGCUGCGAUUACUCCCUGCACGUCGACGUCCCCCGCUGGCACGAGAGCCUGAAGGAGGAGCUGGAAGCCCUGGUGAAGGACAAGGGUGUGAACUCCUUCCUGGUUUUUAUGGCUUACAAAGACAAGCUCCAGUGCAGCGAUGCCCAGAUGUAUGAAAUAUUCUGCAUUAUCCGAGACCUGGGGGCCAUUGCCCAAGUGCAUGCGGAAAACGGAGACAUCGUCGAUGAGGAGCAGAAGAGGCUGCUGGAACUCGGGAUUACGGGGCCAGAAGGGCACGUGCUCAGCCGCCCCGAGGAGGUGGAAGCGGAGGCGGUGUACCGCGCCAUUACCAUCGCCAAACAGGCCAACUGCCCCUUGUACGUCACCAAAGUGAUGAGCAGAGGUGCAGCAGACGUGUUAGCUCAAGCAAAGAGGAAAGGCACGGUUGUGUACGGCGAGCCCAUCACCGCCAGCCUGGGCGCCGACGGCUCGCACUACUGGAGUAAAAACUGGGCCAAAGCUGCCGCCUUCGUCACGUCCCCCCCCAUCAGCCCGGACCCCACCACGCCGGAUCAUCUCACCUCCCUCUUGUCCUGCGGGGACCUGCAGGUCACUGGCAGCGCUCACUGCACCUUCAGCACCGCGCAGAAGGCUGUGGGGAAGGACAACUUCACCCUCAUCCCCGAGGGAACCAACGGCAUCGAAGAGCGGAUGGCGAUAAUCUGGGAAAAGUGUGUGGUCCCCGGGAAGAUGGACGAGAACGAUUUCGUGGCGGUGACCAGCACCAAUGCCGCCAAGAUCUUCAACUGCUACCCCAGGAAGGGGCGCGUCGCCGUGGGCGCUGACGCAGACCUGGUUUUGUGGAACCCCAAGGCUACCAAAAUCAUCUCAGCAAAAACCCACAAUCUGAACGUGGAGUACAACAUAUUUGAAGGCACAGAGUGCCACGGCGUUCCCACCGUGGUCAUAAGCCAGGGAAGAGUUGUUCUUGAAGAUGGAAACCUCUUUGUCACCCAGGGGUCGGGUCGCUUCAUUCCUCGAAAGACCUUCCCUGAUUUUGUUUAUAAAAGGAUAAAGGCAAGAAACAGGCUGGCCGAAGUCCACGGUGUCCCCAGAGGGCUGUACGACGGACCCGUCCACGAGGUCCUGGCGAGCGCCAAAGCCGUGGCCCCCACCCCGGCGUCCAGGAUCGUGCCCUGUGCCGGCAAAGCCCAGGCUCCUGCCGUGCGCAACCUCCAUCAGUCGGGGUUCAGCUUGUCUGGCUCGCAGGCGGACGACCACAUCGCCCGGCGCACGGCGCAGAAGAUCAUGGCCCCCCCGGGCGGCCGCUCCAACAUCACCUCGCUGUCCUGAGGGGCAGUGGGGGCUGCGCGCUCCCCCCGCCCCACGGCGUGGCUGCCCUCCCCGCUGCCAGGGGCUGCUCGCGUCCUGCAGGGCCAGCCGGGAAGGGGACGGUGGGUUUCCUCAAGCUCAGGAUGGACAUCGAGCAUUCGUCAGCUGCCCCAGCCCCUUCUUCUUGUAGGUAGAAAAUAGAGUGACCCCCCGAGAGGUAGCGCUCCCAUCUCCGUUUCUCCCAGUCUGUUUCUGCAGUAGCCCCCUGGCCAGCCCUUCCCUCCUGCAUGCGGGCGCCCCGGAACGCGCUGGGCUGCGUGCUCGGCCCAGCCGCUGGCCCCCUCCCACCCGGGGCGAAAAUCAAGGUGCGUUUUGGCUGGAAAACGCUCCUUUCUAGUAGCAUCCACUGCCCUGUUGAGUAGCGUCCACUGCCCUUUCUAGUCAAAGGACUUUUAACCGAGAAGCACUUCUGACUCCGUGUUUUUACUACAGUGGGUUACACCUCGCGUUUGCAGUGUCCCCCAGCAGAUCUCUACACCGCAGAGAUCUCUACUCCGUCCUGGCCCUGUGCCCGUGGCCAAGCACCGCUCUGUGGGACGGCAGCGGCCGUCGGUCGCUGUGGUGGUCGCAGCCCCCGUGGGCAGGACGGGUGCUCGUGGCUCCUGGGACACCGAGCCGCGGCGGACGCACCGGUGGGCUGCAGUCUUCCUCUUAGGCUUGUUUUUUAAAAGAUUAUUUAUACAGUUUUUCAAGAACCGAGUGUAAGUCUUAUAACCAAUAACAAGGCUCAUUUGAAGGCCAGUUGCAUACGACAGACUCUUUUAUAAAGGAUAUUAUAGCCCGUUUAUUAUAUUUAAAGGUAUGUACAGUAAAGGUGAACCUCUAUGCCACAAAGCUAUGCAUGUACCUCUAACGGAAUGGCUCGCCAUUCGUUUUCUGUUCCUUGGCUUGAAUAAAGUUUGUUGGAAAUCGUAAAAUAGUAGAAUUGGUUGGUCCAUCUGAGUCAAUUCUUGUGUUUUCUUCCUUUGGGUUUUUAUGCACGAAGGUUUGUAACGCCUGUUCAUGACUUUCAGGUCACUGUACUCCCCUUUGACAAUGAAAAGAGGCUUAUUAUUAACUGCGUAGGAAUAAUGGAGAAUCUCACCCUUCUGCUUAGAUCAGAUUUGGGGUCACAAAAGCCUCUGGUUUGUAAAUAAAGCUAAAAUACCAGGAGGAUGGUCAGAUUUGGCCCCCUAGGUCCAGACUGCUUCGAUGCCCGUGAGAGGCAGCUGCAGUCGGAGCUGCUGUACCUGGCGGUGUCUCCUCGGGCCAUGGCAGACGCUCAUUUCCAGCUCUGUCCGGGAGCAGGGAGCGAAAAGGGGAACAGAAGAGCUGUGGAAACAGGAGCAAGCAUCUGCUCCAUAGGUGAAAGCUGAAAUCGUACUGCUCGGCAGCUCUGGAUGCACUAACCCAUGAGUUAAAUAUGAAUGAAUGCAUUAUUACCCGAAUUCAAAAAUUUAAACCAGGAAGGGAUUUUUGUGUGUGUGUUUUUUUUC